AUGAACGCCACCGACUCGUUCUCCUCCGCUUCGAUGGACGCCAAACUCAAUGAAACUCGAGAAAACCUCGCCUCAUUGGAAGCCCUCACCUCUCGUAGUAAGUUUUUUUCAUCUUCAGUGCUAGAAUUUUUUUUAAAACAGUUUUUUCUAAAAGCUUACUGAGUUUUUAGAAGGAAUAGGAACACACUAUUGAUAAUCUUUGUACCCACUCCUUAUGUCGCAAAAAUUUCAUAGAGAAAAGAAAUUUUCAGCUUCGAAGUAAAUUUUAUAUCAGGCUUCCUGUACACAUUUUGAACACUAUAAGAAGAUUGAAUGGAAGAAAAAAGCAAAAAAUAUUGAGACUUUCUCCAGAAAUCUUUUUUGAUUCAUUCAGGCUACGCCUACCUGACUGCCUUCACCAUUUUGUUCGUUUUGGGGAUUCUGGUUGUUAUUCAUGUUGCUAUCGUCAGACAUGCUCGUGAAAGACAACAAAGGUAAUAAUUUUCAUUCAAAAAAACUUUUAUAUUGAAGUCUUGGAUCUUUAUGUUCACCGCAACAAUAAAUCUCAGCGCAAAAAUGCAAAAUCGUCUUAGGAAAAUUUACUAUUCCAGUUUUCCGAGAAAAGAACUGAAGGCUUUUUGAAGUUUAAAGAACAUAUCGAAGGAAAUAAUAUUCCAAUCGAUCAAGUUUUGAACAAGUGUCCUGAUUUUCGAUAUCAUAGUUUAGUUUUAAAACUAGAACCGUGUUGUCUCUUGAAAUAUCUGUACUCCGCUGUCUUUUUUCAUUUUCUCGAAGUUCAAUCACUGAAGCCAACUUGUUUCAGGGCGAUGUUUGCGGAGUGGACGCCUCUUCUACGUGAAAAACUUCCGCCACCUCCGCCCUACGAUCAAAUUAUUUGA